GAGAGAAUGUUGAAAUAGACAAUGAACCAUCAUAAAUCAAACGCAUCUGCCCGGAGUGGUAGAAAACGGGAAGAAAAGUUCAUCGGACAAGCGGACUCGAACGGCCCUGUCGGUUGGUUGCUGAGACUGUUCAAAUCAAUCAGCACGUUUGUGUUAAUCUUUCUCGAGCAAGGUGCAGUGCAUGGGUUGGCCUAUUUGGGUAAACCGUUGCUGCAUAUUCUGGAAAGACUCUUCUGGUUAGUGCUGAUUGUCGUGUCUAUUUAUUUCUCCGUCGUGCUGAGCUUCGUGUCCUGGGAGCGUUAUCAGAGCAAGAGUACGGUCGUUGCGAUUGAAAAGGAUCACUACUACUGGAACACUUCUAUGCCGAGUCUUACUAUUUGUCCGCUUAAACGUAUUUAUCGACCAUAUUUACUGAACUAUUGCAGCAAAAAUGGCAUCACUAAAGAGGAAGAUCAAGCCGAGCUGUUCGACUUUCUGGAAUCGUUGGCCAACUCGACCUUUAUCAACUUUGAGAACAUCAAGCACAGUGACAAUGUGGACAGCCUGCUGGACGUACUUCAGAUCCAGCCGGAAAACUACAUGAAGAUUAUAUACAAUCUUACCCGCGAUCUGACCCGCCUGGACGACACGGAGCUGCGCGUUCGGACGCAAAGCAACCUGGAGUUCUUACGCACCCAUCAAACACUCACCGAGUACGGUAUCUGCUACACCACCAACAGUUUUAUCUCGUCCAAUUUAACUGCAAGUUUGUUGCUGACCGGCAGGGAGCUACCGUUGGACGAUUUCUACUCGACGCGUACAGUGCACAAUGUUCGGUACGGGAACCUUUUCGACGGCGACAUCACGUACAGCUUUAUUGGCUUUGAGCCACCGAUUACGAUCUUUUAUCACAGCCCUUAUGAAACACUGAACAUCGCAAAGUAUCAACCACUGACGAACGAGGCACAUGAGUACGAAACGUUUUCUAUCGAAAUCGUCACCACAAAGGACUUUAAAGAGGAUACUACCAUCUCCCAGCGAGGCUGCCGGUUUCAUUACGAGUCCAACCUGACGCACUAUUCCAUCUACACUAAAGGCAUCUGUCUGCAAGAGUGUCGCAUUCAGCUGGCCUACAAACUGUGUGGAUGUAUUCCUCAUUUCUAUCCUAAUCCUGAAGGACCAAGAGCAAAGAAGGUGUGCCACUACAAGCAGCUGAUAAAGUGUUUUCCGCGCUACCAGAAGCUGUUCCUCGAGUUCAAGCAGGACAUUAACGACAAAAAGGGUAUACCGUGCUACUGCGAGCAGAACUGUGUCGACUCGAAGGUUAUCAUCGAGCACAGACAGGUAAUGGCUGCUUGUUGCGAAACCGAAGGCGAAAUCGUAUUGCGUUUUCUAAGAUUUCCAACAGUAAAUCCCCUCUUAAUCGAAUUGUGCUGCAACUGCGGUGUGUCAACUGUUUCACACCAGAAGAGCACGUUCCGGUGGGAUUUACUCUGCACCGUGCAACUGCCAUUGCUGCUGCAUCCAUCCGUUCAUGUGUCCGUUUCCCUCCAUCCUACAGGUUCUGAAGCAAACGCAAAAGCUUAUCGGCAGCAUCGGUGGGCUGAUUGUUGUGAAGCGCUACCCUUUGGUACGGUUCAGCCGGCAGCUACUGUUUACCUUCACUGAUUUGUUGGUAUCGAUUGGAGGUACGGCCGGAUUUUUCCUUGGUUUCAGUGUGCUCGGUAUGGUGGAAAUACUGUACUUUUUCACCCUCCGUUUGUUGUGGUAUAUUGUGGGACGACGUUAGCGGAUGGUCUGCCGUCAAUGAAUCGUCCAGUCAAGUAUUUAACGCUUACGAUCGACAAUGUUUCGGCUAUUAUUCAUGCAUUUAAUGAUCACCAUUUUUCCUAGUAAAUGUUAUUUAAAACAAAACAUAAAUAUUCUGCAAUUAAAAUAUGGCUUUAACGAGCACCCUCCCAUAAAAGGGCAAUAAACGACGUAAACGACAACUCUACUGUUGUUUACUAUUUUUCAUACCAUAAAUUUUAUUUUGAAUAAUAUAACCUUACCUAACGUUUGCACACACACACUACAAAAACCUUUCGUCGUUUUUUUUUCGCUUCCUCUAUCUCUCUUUCUUCCACUCACUGUCUCUCGCUCUCUUUGUCUACAUACUAACGUCGUUUACUAACGGCUCGCGAUACUGUUGCGUGUUUUGAUUUGUUGUAGCCCGUUAAUCGUCUGCCAGAGUUUCUAUUUUGUUUUGUUUUACUGUUUCACACCACGUAAAAUGCUUUAUCACCGGCCUGUCCACAUAAUAUUAUGUUGCCCCGGGGCGUCUUUAGCUUCGCUCUCUCCGUCCUUUGUAUGUAGUAUGUAAUACGUGUUUGCAAUGUUGUACGGACAUUUGCCACACGUCCGGGAUAAAGAACACGCUAAAUGGACACACAAUCUACACAGCUGAAAGGGAUGGGAUAGGGGAGAUGCAUACGAUGCGCACAGAACACAGUGAAUAUAAAGCCAACCAGCCACUGCUCGAGCUGACGGCAUGUAAUAACUCCGCACUCUGCGUGAGUAGCCCUCUAGCGGUAUUUUAAUGUCCGAAAAUUCAUUCACUAUUCCGAAACUGAACAACGAACCACACACGCACUCAAACAACUCAGGGCUCGCAUGCACGUGGCUUGGUUACGCCCGGGCUCGACCGUUGGCUUUACACUACCGUUCGCUGUUCAUGCGCCCUUCAUGCUUCAGAGACUCCACUGCCGGUUUGAGAUUUUCGAUUCUCAAUCUGAAAUCGUUUUUGUGUGGUUGUGUUUUUUAUUUUGUGCCUGCGGUUUCUGCCAAAUGUUUUCGUUGUAUUUUGGUGCUCGAACAAAAGCCCUCCCCACACACCAUCACGCCCUCCAACCACAUACGAUUGCUUCUUCUAAUGCUUCAGCACGGAAGUGAACCGAUAACGCAAUGGCUCCACCAGCCAGCAGAGCACUGAUAACAAAGAGUGGGAAAGAUUCCGAGCAUUUGGGUGGUGCCGAAUCGAUUGAACCAUGCGGAAAAGAUUGGGAUGCAUUCAUUCAUCUCUAAUUUGUUGGGUUUGUAAUUUGUUUGAAUCGUUUUGAUUUUUUGUCUGCUGGCAUUAAGUUCCAUCCCAGCCACAGACAGAUGUGCGGUGAAAUACGUGUUCUAAACAAUGUCUCAUUAUUCUGUAUCUCUAUGCAAUUAACUCUUAACAUUUAGGCUCACAAUUGCGUCAUAUGUGUUUCCGAAAUCACGACCAGAAGGUUCAAUUAUUUUUGCUUGAUGUUAUUCACCUUUUGAGGACACCGAUAAAAUUCGUAAUAAAACCGGCAAUAACCCGCUCCCAGCACAGCAGACCCCAGUGUGGUCCAAAGUGACUUACGCUAAACCAAAACCGUCGUUAUGAGAUAAAACACUGUCCAUUAGUAGAGUUUGGCUAAUGAGAUGGUCUUGAUGGCUCGCUGUGUGGAAUGCACCGUUCGGACUAAGGGGUUUCAACUCGCGCGAAAAGCACCGUAACGAUCAUUGCGAUCGGUUGCGAAACGACUGACGGCACGCUGGCGCAGAGAUUCACUCCGUGCCACCCGAAUGCGCGCCUUCUGACAGCGCGCCGGUACUAUCAAAAUCACCCCAGAAACGCCGAACAUGUGGAGUGGGGUGGAAUUUGGCCAUUGGUCAACGUAUCUCAUGCGUGCUUUUGAUUAUUGUACACACAUGGGAAAGUUGUUGUGGGGAGACGGGGAAACAACUUUGGCUGAUGCGGAUGCAAAUCGUGAUGUGAUGAUCGUACAGUGUGUACAUGUGUUGGUUGUGGUGGUGUUGUUUUUUUUUUUCUUUUUGCAGAGUUUGGUUUGCAGAUGUGGUACGAGAAUGAUCGGUGUUGCUAUCCGAUCCAUUUCAGCUGGUAAGCAGCUAGUACUGCUGCAGUCGUGGAUUUAGGGUGAUAUGAAAA